CGCGGCCACAGCGUUGCGCAGCCGUCGCCGGUGUGCGAGUGUAUUGGUUUGGAAGCCGCUACUGCCGGCCCGGAGAGUAGGAGAGCGCUUCGCCGUCAGUUUGUCAGUGUCCGCCGUCUUCGAGAGCCGUGUGUUGUUGUUCGUGUUCCAAGUAGGCCGUGUCGUGGCUCUCUUUUUUCGUAGGUCAACGCUUGCUGCCGCUGCCCAGAGUUUCACACACAGGUGAAGGUGGCGUGAAGAGCGCGGCUGACUUGCCAUUAGCGGCUUGAUUGAUUGAUUGAUUUGAACGCACACACUCUCGCACCUGAGCCGCGUGUCUGGUCCGGGCGAGUUGGAGUUUCGUUCAGUUCAUUGUUGUGCGAGGGUGGUGUCAGUCGCGGUGCGGUGCGUUUCGCGGUACGUCGUCGUGUUUGACAAGUGCAGACAUCCAAGUGGUGCGUUACGGCCAAAGGAAGAAGAGAUGGAACGUACGCAGUUCCGGCGCGAAGGAUUAUUAGCAGUAGUAGGCAGUGGGUAGUUCUCCCGUUGAGUGACAUCGCACGCACGUGCGGCAAGUGUUUUGUGUAUUGAAAACGGUUCCCGAGGUCCGAGGCUGACAAGUGACAGUGACAACCCCUUCGGAAGGGUGUGUACUUAGCGGUACUAAACACGUGUGUGCAUAAAACAAACGAAAAACCCGGCUCGGCAGCAACGCUGCAUUCUGUGAUUUAGUAGCAAAAAACGUGUAGUGCAAGUGGUUUUAAUCAUGCUGUGCAGAAGUCCCCCUCCGGCGAGUCCGGCCGUGUCGGAGAUCUCCGUCGGAUCGCCGAGUCCACCUCCGGUAGACCAUCACCAUCAUCACCUCCACCACCUGUCCCUGCAUCCGGCGCAUCUUGGCGGCAGCAGCAGCAGUAGUCGAAGAUCCGCUGAAGGCGACGACUACUUCAGCCCGCUCAAGCGUCUCCGCAUGGAGCAGCCCAGUACAAGUCCCAAAUCGGACACAACGAGCCCACCCCCGCGAAUCACCCCACCAAGUCCCCCGGCACCUCCACCCGUGGCAGUUGCUCCUACCCUACCCAAGCCCGCCACCGUCGAAGGUGUCAAAUCUUUCUCGAUAGCGGACAUCCUCGGCCGGGACACCGAAAGCAGCAAUCGUGACACUGCCCUGGCGCUCCAUCACCACCACAGUACGCUCCAGGCGGCGGCCACCAAGAUCGUGCGGCCAUGGGACCACCUCCGAGGACCCAUCCCCGUGCGACCGUUCCUACCCCCGGCCCUGCUCCACUACGAGCACCGGCUAAUGCUAGACUACAACGCCCAACUGCAGGAGCACUUUCGGGCGCACGCCCAUGCCCAGGUCCAGCUUCUCCGCCACAUGAACAUGGACAUCAUCCCCUCGGAAAGUGGAUCCGAACGGUCCAGUUCGGCGGCCAGCGGCGAUUGCUGCUCGCCCGAGAUUGGACGCACCUCGGAGCACCAGUCGUCGCAGUCGUCCUCGUCCGGAUCGGGGAACAAUAACAGCGGUGGUGGAGGUGGUGGCAAGUCGGGGCAGAAGACAACGCCCAACGGGACGCCGCUGGAUGCGCUGUUCCAGAUGACCAACAAGAACUUUGACGAGGCGAACGAAGAUGGGGAGCAAUCCCAUCUGAACCUGUUCGCGAACCGGCCCCAACCAAAGAAGAAGAGGAAAUCGCGGACCGCCUUCACCAACACGCAGAUCUUCGAGCUCGAGAAGCGGUUCCUGUACCAAAAGUAUCUGUCCCCGUCGGACCGGGACGAGAUCGCGGCCGCGCUGGGCCUCUCGAACGCGCAGGUUAUAACCUGGUUCCAGAACAGGCGCGCGAAGCUCAAGCGCGACAUGGAGGAGCUCAAGAAGGACGUCGAGACGGUCAAGGUGCUGUCCGCGCACAAGACCUUCCUCGAGAACGUCAACGACAUGAACAUCCUGAAGAAGAAGAUCAUGCACGAGGACAGCCUCAGCCCGCAGAAAUAAUACUGGCCACCCGGUGGUAGUAGUUCCCAGCGGCGACCGGCGCCGGUGACCACUUCCACUUCCGCUCCUCCCUCGACCUCGACCUGCACCUCUAGCGGGCUGCAGGCCGUGAUCGGGGCGUGUCCUGCGACGCCGGCCGAGCAGCAGGCCGCCACCAAAACGCUGAUCAAUCUCACCACCUACGGCAGACUGCUGCAAACGAUUGCCUCCGACAAGACUUGAACCUAUCUAGAGAAAACCCGCCGCCGUAGAAUGUCGCCGUUUUCGCCAAACUCAGUGUAGCAUAUAGAGAGCGCAGGCGACGUUCCAAUUCCUAACUAUCACUAGAGAAACCGAACCUGUGUGACCCGCAGAACAGGAGAGAGAGAGAGAGAAACGUACAGUGUUUAUAUAGUUGCUAAAGAAUCUCUAUUUUUGUUUUAAUGUUAGAGUUUUCCUAGUUUUUUUUAUUCGCUUACCCGUGGUAGAUAAUUUAUUCGACUUAGUGAGGACGCCCUCAAGUCUCAAAGCUCUUUCCUAGGUCGUAAGCUAGUGUAAGUCAAAGUUGUGCGUAAGAGUGUGUGAUUUUCACAAAUUUCCUGUAAAGAAUGAAACCGAAUUGCAAUCAAACCGCACUCUUUUUGAACGUGUGCGGCACGACGGCUACUACUACUUGUAAAUAUACAUGUAAUUCCGUUAAUCGCAACCAGAACCAGUGUAAAGUUUGUUCCUGACUCCCUGUCUCUCUCAUCGGUAGCGUUUCGUGAACCGAAAGUAAACACUCGCGUAAAUAAAAGUUUGGUAAGCCGCUUACCAGGAGGACAGUUAUUUAAUUAAAGUGGUGAACAAAAAAACGAAACGAGUGGCAAUAUUCGAUUUAAUUUAACUGUGCUGAGAAAGAGAAAGCAUAAGUCCCUCAUUUUGACAGUUGACAGUUUUGACAGCUUAAGAGUUGACAGAUUUCACACUUCUUACACUACACUGCACUUUUUGUACUUACCUGAAUUGCGUUCAACUCUAUCACUACUUUCCUAUGUGAUACCUCAAAUCCUACGUCCGUGUUAGGGAACCCUUCAAACACCGAAUCAAUUUGCCUCAUUCCGCUCUCUCUUUCUCCGCAACGUCAUCGCACUUUUGAGAAAUCGCACUCUUUAAAGCACUUACUCGC